UUGACUUCCUGAAUUUCCAUGUGCUUCAUGGCUGGAGAUAUUUGCAAGUGCUUAGCUGUGUGAAGGUCCUGGGAUGGUGGCCUGGGUCCUUCCUCACCAGCUCAGCGUAGUGAGAAGCUGCAUUCCCUGCUGGGCCCCCAGCAGCAGUCAGGAAUGAGAGAAAUGCAGAAAGUAUGACCCACACGCAGAACUGGUUCUGAAUAGGACGCUUACAGAAGAGGUCCCGCCAGAGGCGCGGGCGCUUUAAUUCCCGAGGCUGUUGGUGGCAGCGCACUGCUCUCGGCCUGUUAACUGCUGGGCUGCCGGUUGGCUGUCCUGGGAGGAUGCAGCGCCCUGGCCCCCUGCCAUCGCCCUCCAGGUGCUUUGAUGGGAGCCCUUUUGAGGAAAGCGAAUCUCCCCGAGGUGCCCUCCCCAGGCAGCGAUGCCAGGAUGCCUGUCUCUGCCACCCUCCACCAAGAUGGCAGCCAGGAGCGGCCAGCAAGCCUGACAUCCACCACCUCUUCAUCUGGCUCCUCCCGUGACAGCCAUAGCACCAUGGAGGAGCCCGCUGGUCCUGAGGCUGCAGCCCAGAACGGGCAUGGCCCCAACAGCAAUAACAAUUCCAGCGGCUGGCUGAAUGCGAAGGGACCCCUCUCCCCACUCAGCGGCCGCACAGCGGGGACUGUGCAUCACAAGCUCAGCUACCUGGGCCGAGUGGUACGGGAGAUCGUGGAAACGGAGCGCAUGUAUGUGCAGGAUCUGCGCAGCAUUGUGGAGGACUACCUCUUGAAGAUCAUUGAAACGCCGGGACUGCUGAAGGCAGAACAAGUCAGUGCUCUGUUUGGGAACAUAGAGAGCAUCUAUGCGCUGAACAGCCAGCUGCUCAGAGACCUGGACAGCUGCAACAGUGACCCGGUGGCUGUGGCCAGCUGCUUUGUGGAAAGGAGCCAGGAGUUUGAUAUCUACACCCAGUAUUGCAACAACUACCCCAACUCGGUGGCCACGCUGACGGAAUGCAUGCGGGACAAGCAGCAGGCCAAGUUCUUCCGGGAGCGGCAGGAGCUGCUGCAGCAUUCGUUACCCUUGGGCUCCUACCUGCUGAAGCCAGUCCAGCGCAUCCUCAAGUACCACUUGCUCCUCCAGGAAAUUGCCAAACAUUUUGAUAAAGAAGAGGAUGGCUUUGAGGUGGUGGAAGAGGCCAUUGAUACCAUGACCUGUGUGGCCUGGUACAUCAAUGACAUGAAGAGGAGGCACGAGCACGCGGUCCGGCUCCAGGAGAUUCAGUCUCUGCUCAUCAAUUGGAAGGGACCUGACCUGACCACCUAUGGGGAGCUUGUCCUGGAGGGCACCUUCCGUGUGCACCGUGUGCGCAACGAGAGAACUUUCUUUCUCUUCGACAAAACACUGCUCAUCACCAAGAAGCGGGGAGAUCACUUUGUCUACAAGGGUCACAUCCCGUGCUCCUCACUGAUGCUGAUUGAGAGCACCAGAGACUCCCUCUGCUUCACCGUGACUCACUACCAGCACAACAAACAGCAGUACAACAUCCAGGCUAAGACAGCAGAGGAGAAACGGACCUGGACUCACCACAUCAAGAGGCUCAUCCUGGAGAACCAUCACGCCACCAUUCCUCAGAAGGCCAAGGAAGCCAUCUUGGAAAUGGACUCCUAUUAUCCCAAUCGGUAUCGCCGCAGCCCAGAGCGGCUGAAGAAAGCUUGGUCAUCCCAGGAUGAGGUGUCCACUCACAUGUGUCAGGGCCGCCGGCAGUCUGAGCCGACCAGACACCUGCUCAGGCAGCUCAGUGACAAAGUGGUGGUAUCAGCAGCCAGAGCAGCAGGAAUGAAGCAUGCAGGCAGUGCUGGCGCCCUCCUGGACUUUGGGCGGCCAUCCCAGACGCGGGGCCUGCAGCCUGAGGCUGAGGGAGUGGCCGGAGAGGAGGAGGAAGAGGAGGAAGAAGAGGAGGAAGUGGUGGAAGAAGAGGAGGAGGAGGAAGAGGAGGAGCAGGCUUUUCCUGUCUCUCUGGAGGACCUGGCAGGGCAUGGAGGCAGCAAGAAGGGGGCCAGGCCAGAGCCCCCAGGAUCAGAGGAGGAGGAUGAGGAAGUGGAGGUGGAGGAGAGUCUGGCAGUGGCAGAGCAGGUAGCCGACUUUGCCAGCUCCCUGCUGGCCGCCCUCUACUGCUGGCACUAUCGGGCCAACGCUUUACUUUUCUCCCGGGGUGCUAUGGGAAAGGGACACCGGGAGUCUGAAAGUACCAAGAGCUGCAGAAGGCCCAGCAACCGGUCUCCAACCAGUGCUGGGAAGCGCAUGAGCUUUGAGUCUGUCUCUUCCCUGCCAGAGGCUGAAGCAGACCCAGAUCCUGGGGCUGAGCAGGAGGUCUUUGCUGCCACGAAAGGCCCUGGCACCGAGGAGAUCCCCUCAGAAACAGAGCCACCGGAUGUCCCGCAAAUAGAACUUGACACCCACCAGGAGCUCCUGGGGAUGGACCCCCCGGUGGACAUGGUGGACUUUGUGGGGGCUGAGAGCACUGAGGACCUUAAGGCCCUGAGCAGUGAGGAGGAGGAGGUGGGGGCAGCCCAGGAGCCUGAGAGCCUGUUGCCACCCUCUGUGCUAGACCAGGCCAGCGUCAUUGCUGAGCGGUUCGUCAGCAGCUUCUCCAGGUGCAGCAGCUUGUCCCUGGAGGAUGGCAAUGGCAAGUCGAGUGGCUUCGGGACACCGCGCCUGGUCAGCCGGAGCAGUAGCGUGCUCAGCCUGGAGGGCAGUGAGAAGGGCCUGGCUCGGUGGGGCAGCACGACAGAUUCCCUGGGUUCCCAGUGUGCCCCAGAAGUGGGCAUCAACACAGGGAUGGCCACAGACAGUGGCCUUGCUGCCACUGGGACAGAGACCCCAAAUGCAGGCUGCCCGGGGGAGCCUGACAGAUCUUCCUGCAAGAAAGAAUCAGCUCUCUCCACCCGAGAUCGGCUUUUGCUGGAUAAAAUUAAGAGCUACUAUGAGAACGCAGAGCAUCAUGAUGCAGGCUUCAGUGUCCGGCGCCGGGAGAGUCUCUCUUACAUCCCUAAAGGACUGGUGAGGAGCUCCGUUUCCAGGAUCAACAACCUUCCAGGGCCAGACCUGAAGCCAGCAGCUCCAGCAGGGUACAAGAGACAGGCGAGCUCAAAGGUGGCAUCGUGGGCUUUGUUUGACCUCCCAGGGCCCAAACAGGUGGCCAUAGAGGACCCAGCCCCUGUCACAGAUGCUGAGUUCCGCCCGUCAUCAGAAAUUGUUAAGAUGUGGGAGAGAAUGGAGUCUGCUGAGCAAAACCACCCGCUUGGGCCAGGUCAGGGUCAGGCCAAUGGGUUUGACCUACAGGAGCCGCUCUUUAUCCUGGAGGAACAUGAGCUGGGGGCCAUCACUGAGGAGUCGGUCACCGCCUCUCCGGAAAGUGCUUCACCCACUGAGCAGCCCAGCCAAGCCUGCCUGGCCCGGGAGCUGAAGGAGCUGGUGAGGGAGCUGAGCAGUGGGGCCCAGGGGGAGCUGGUCACCCCGCUGCACCCACGCAUCGUGCAGCUGUCCCAUGUGAUGGACGGCCACGUGAGUGAGCGCGUCAAGAACAAAGUCUACCAGCUGGCCCGCCAGUACAGCCUCCGGAUCAAGAAUAUCAAGUCAACACCGACCAGACCAUCGCCACAGUGGGAGAAUGCGGCUCCAGAUACAGAUGGAAAGAACUCCACCAUUCCCUGCCUGCACGAGGAGUCUGCGGAGCUGUCUGACGGCAAAGGCCAGAGGAAGCCUGGGCUGUCCCUGUUCAGCUGUGAGCCACUGGUGGCCCAGGAGUACAGCCCUCCCAAAUCCUACUCUGCGGGGGAGACAUCACCACGACGCUUCUCCUUCAGUCCCCCUGCGGCCAGUGCGAGGACCACCUCUCCAGGCACCCGGCUUUCCACCCGGAGCCCCCUCAGCCCCUUGGAUGCUGAGACCUUCCACUGGCCUGAUGUCCGUGAGCUCUGCUCCAAGUAUGCUCGUGACGGGGCAGCCCAGAGUGAGAGCAGCCGGCCCCGUCCCCUGCCAGUCAAUCGGAGUCGCUCAGUGCCUGAGAACAUGGUGCAGCCGCCUGUGGUGGGCAGGGUGGGCCGUUGCAGCAGCCUGCGCACAAGGAGGAGCCAGGAAGGUGGAGCGGAUGCCCAGCCCAUGCCUCCUGAGCUGCAGAACCAGAGCGGGCUGAAUGGAGAAGCCCUGUACGUCACUGCAGACCUCACCCUGGACAACAACCAGCGCGUGAUUGUCCUGGAGAAGAGGCCCCUUCCCAGCCCCACUGCAGGGCCCAAGGAGGAGGGCAGUACACAGGGACCGAGUUCACCCGAGGCCCAGGAGGGACAGGGCCAAGAUUCCCAGGACUUGUCAGCGUAUUGGCUGAAGGAAAACGGUGCCAAGGAACUGGCAGACCCAACCAAGCAGGGCCGAGUGAGAAACUUGAGAGAAAAAUUCCAGGCUUUGAAUUCUGUGGGUUGACUGAGUCCUGUGGGACGGAGGAGCCAUGUUGGAGAUGGAGAAGAACCUGACAUGUCCACAGAGACUGUCCCUUCUGCUGCCCUGGAAGGAGGCAGUAGUAUGAGGUGUGGCUGGCACACCCCAGGGUUUGUGUUAACUUUCUCUGGCCCAGACUGGUGUGGCCACCUACCUUGUAAAUAGUUCUCCUCUGGUAAGAAGCCAGAUAUUUAAGCUCGCCUCUGCCCAGGGAGAGGAAGCCCUGCCCAGCCUCUGGCUUUGGCUGGUCACUGCCAGGCUGAGGACAGGGGAGAUCCUGGAAGUGGCUUGGGCAGGCUUUACUCUUUAACUGUGCCUCUUCUUAGGACUUGGGCAGAGAGGAGGCUGAUAAAUAAUUUAUUGCUUUUCAUCCUGUGGUGUGUGUGUGUGUGUGUGUGUGUGUGUGUGUGUGUGUGUUGUUUAUUCCUCUCCUGUGAAGAAUGUAACGGAUUUGGCGCAGGUACUUUGGAGAGUUGUUGCUGAUCCUGCUGUUGUCGCUAAUGUACACACGUUUCAUUAUUUGCCAAUGGUGCAAUAACCACUGCUGACCAACUGA